AAGCAACGGGGGCGCGCUGAUGGCGCACCAGUCUACACCUAACAGCCCCACUGUGAGGUUACGUUGAACCGUGGUGCACAUUCCGUUCCUACCUCCUUUCUUCGCAGUCGUUAGCAUCAUCAAUAUCAAUCAAACGAACGAAACCGGUAGAACGGACUACGAACGAGCUUCAACAUGAGCUGUGCUAAUGGUUUGACCAGCAAAGACCUGCCAGAUAUAGAGAGUCUGCUUGCCCUGAACCCACGCGUCAAAACCAGUGGCAGCUUAGUUCCGACGGCCGUGACUAAGUCGUUAAAGAAGCACUGGAAGCGAAACGGGGACCGUUCCUGCGCAAGUUGCACACCGCUCCUGAAUGACUUUUCGGACAUCAAGCACACGACCCUCUCGGAACGGUCGGCUCUGCGCGAAGCGGCCCGAUGCCUCAAGUGUGCCGAUGCGCCAUGCCAAAAGUCUUGCCCGACGCAGCUAGACAUCAAGAGCUUCAUCACCAGCAUCGCCAACCGCAACUAUUAUGGUGCGGCGAAGGCCAUCUUCUCGGACAACCCGUUCGGCUUGACGUGCGGUAUGGUGUGCCCGACCAGCGACCUGUGCGUGGGUGGGUGCAAUCUAGCCGCCGUCGAGGAGGGCCCGAUCAACAUCGGCGGCCUCCAGCAGUUCGCUACCGACGUGUUCCGGCGCAUGAACCUGCGGCAGGUGGUCCCACCGAGUGCCCGUGCUCUGGCUCAGCCCAACAAACGGAUCGUCCUGCUGGGCGGUGGUCCCGCAUCGCUGUCGUGUGCCACCUUUCUGGGGCGGCUCGGUUACCGGAACAUUACGGUUUACGAGCGCCACCGGUACCUGGGGGGAUUGAGCGCUGCCGAGAUCCCGCAGUAUCGGCUGCCGAUGGAGGUGGUUAAUUUCGAGAACGACCUCGUGAAGGAUCUGGGUGUACGGAUUGAGCUAGGGCGCUCGCUCUCGGUGAACGAUCUUACCGUCCAGCGGCUGUUGCAGGACGGCGCGGACUGCCUAUUUCUUGGGAUCGGGCUGCCAGAGCCGAAGGUGGACGAGGUGUUUACCGGAUUGACCGCGGACCAAGGUUUUUACACUUCCAAGAGCUUCCUACCACUGGUCUCCGACGCCAGCAAGCCGGGUCUCUGUGCGUGCAAGUCCCAGCUGCCCACCCUGACCGGUAACGUGAUCGUGCUCGGUGCCGGCGAUACGGCAUUCGAUUGCGCCACGUCGGCGUUGCGAUGCGGUGCACGCCGAGUGUUUGUGGUCUUCCGCAAAGGCAACAACAACAUCCGAGCCGUGCCCGAGGAAGUGGACCUGGCGCGUGAAGAACGGUGCGAGUUCAUACCGUUCAUGACGCCAAAGCGGGUCAUUUUAAAGCAGGGCAAAGUAGCGGCCUUAGAGCUGUGUCGCACGGAGCAGGACGACGCUGGCGAUUGGAUCGUCGAUGAGGAGCAAGUGACGCGCCUGAAAGCAAAUCACAUAAUAUCCGCUUUCGGCUCGGGCCUGUACAACACAGACAGUGAGUGUGCUUUGGCGGGCCUGAGAAUGAACCGUCACGGUUUGCCGGAAGUUGACCCGAAAACACAGCAAACCUCCCUGCCGAACGUGUUUUGCGGUGGCGAUCUGGCCGGGACAGCCGAAACCACCGUGGAAUCGGUGAACGACGGCAAAACGGCGGCCUGGUACAUGCACUGUCUGAUGCAGGGCCUUCCCUUCGACGCACCGAUAGACCUUCCGCUGUUCCACACGGAGGUCGAUGAUGUCGACAUAUCGGUCGAGGUGUGUGGCAUACGUUUCGAGAACCCGUUCGGGCUGGCAUCCGCCCCCCCAACCACCAGCACCGCCAUGAUACGGCGUGCGUUCGAGCAGGGCUGGGGAUUUGCGGUCACGAAAACGUUCGCCCUCGACAAGGACAUGGUGACGAAUGUGAGCCCCCGCAUCGUGCGCGGUGUCACGGCCGGGCAGCAUUACGGGCCGCAGCAGGGAGCGUUUCUCAACAUCGAGCUAAUUUCGGAAAAAUGUGCCGACUACUGGCUGAGCGGGAUCCAGGAGCUGAAGCGCGACUUCCCGCGCAAGGUGCUAAUUGCGAGCAUCAUGUGCACGUACAACCAGCAAGACUGGGAAGAGCUGGCGUCGCGUGCUGAGGCCGCAGGAGCGGAUAUGCUCGAGCUCAAUCUGUCCUGUCCGCACGGUAUGGGCGAGUCCGGCAUGGGGCUCGCCUGCGGUCAAGAGCCGGAGCUGGUGUACAACAUAUCACUAUGGGUACGCAGUGCCGUCAAGAUACCGUUCUUCGUGAAACUGACACCCAACAUCACCGACAUCGUGGCGAUCGCGCAGGCCGCCAAGCGUGGCAAAGCUGACGGUGUCUCUGCCAUCAACACCGUCCAGGGGCUGAUGUCUGUCCGGGCAGACGGUACACCAUGGCCAUCCGUCGGGGUGCACAAGCGAACCACCUACGGCGGGGUGUCGGGCAAUGCGACUCGUCCGCAGGCGCUGCGUGCCGUUUCACUCAUCGCCAACAAGCUGCCUGGAUUUCCGAUCUGUGGUAUCGGUGGUAUCGACUCCGCCGACGUGGCCUUACAGUUCAUUCAGUGCGGUGCACCGAUACUGCAAAUUUGCUCGUCGGUGCAGAACCAAGAUUUCACCGUCAUCGAGGACUACAUUACGGGGCUGAAAGCGUUGCUCUACCUGAAGGCUCGAGCGCCUCCUGGUUCCGAUGGACCCUGGGAGGGGCAGUCACCACCAACUGCCAAGCUGCAAAAGGGUAAACCGGUGGUUCCGCUCCGUGGCCCGGACGGUCAGGUGGUGCUGCAUUUUGGCGAAUACAAAAAGCAGCGCGAAGCAGCGAUUGCCCGACAGCGACAGGAGCAUGGGCCCAUGUGGGAUCCAUGUGCCCAGAACGUUGCUGGCAGUGCCCACUCUAACCCUUCUAGCCUUGCCUCAGUUCCCAAGGUGCGGGAUGUGCUGGGAAUAUCUCUACCAAUGCUAGGUGACUACAAAAAGCUUGACAAUACCAAGCAGGUGGUGGCGCUCAUCGACGAUGAUCUUUGCAUUAACUGUGGCAAAUGUUACAUGACUUGCGCCGAUUCGGGCUACCAAGCAAUCAGUUUCGAUCCCGUGACGCAUAUACCGCACGUGACCGACGAUUGUACCGGUUGCAACCUGUGUCUUUCAGUCUGUCCCAUCAUCGAUUGCAUCAGUAUGGUCCCGAAGACGAUUCCACAUGUCAUAAAACGAGGCUUGCCGGGCGAUGGAACGAUUAAGAUUCAUGCACUGACUCCAUCACAAUAGCCACAGUUCAGAACAGUUUUAUAUAUUUGGCUUUCAAUAAAUUACUUUCCUUUGAAGUAAGUAGUCCAUGUUGACUCACAGGCGACUGAUAUAUUAUCGAUGUUUUCGGGAAUGCCGCGUUUGGUGCAUGUGCUUCAUAAUUUUUGCACUGCGGAAAAAUGCUUAUUAAAAGAGGUAGGGCAUAAACAACAAAAAUGGGAAAAUAAAUAAACCAGCUUUACAAUGUCC